CGGGGAGGUGGGCGAGAUUCUGUCGGAUGCGUGGGAACAGUACAGGAGAGAAAAAUGGAACGCCCUCGUCCAGGAGACAAAGAUCGCGCUGUCUGUAAGUGCUAGCUCAACUUUUGCAAGUUAUGUUUUGAGAGAGGGAGACGUUUCAAUACGGUUUAUUUGGUUGUGAGCUUUGCCACCUGUUAAGCUCAUCUGUUAGGCUUUGUAGAAAAGUGCAGUCUUUUCUACUCUGAGAAUUCAGAGCUUGUCGUGUUUUUUGGAGACUGUUUGAUGGUGUUCCUGGACUACUCAGCUUGGAAGAGCAUUUCUGUAUUUUAAGAAGAGAUCUUUAAACCCUUUAUUUUGUGCAAUCACAUUAAAUGUUACUUUUAAGGCUGUUCUGCUCUGUUAACUCUGGUUGGAAACUGGAGCAGGGGGUUACUGGGUGGUAAACUUUAUCCUGGUAAAGAAUUUGGGGUGUGGGAAGACCCCAUCUCUAACGGAGAAAUCUCUAAUAGAGAAAUCCUGAGUCAUUUAGUUCACCAUGCAUCAGCAAAAAGAAUUUGGGUGUGGCUUUCAUACUCAGCUGCUAUUGAAACAAAACUAUGACUGCUAACAAUGUUUUAUUAUUUGUGAUUACCAAAGUUUUUUCUAAGAAUAUUUGUAAAAUGCCUUACAGAUUAAAGUGCAAUGUUUGUGCUUGCUGCAACAGAUAAAAGAUAUUUGAGGAAAUAUCAAUAAAAAAUAAGCUCUCUUCUGCAGCUCAGAAAUCCUCUAUGAUAACAGCCUUUCCAUCACAUAGCAGUAUACAGCGUUAUGUGUUUGAUUCUUUGUUGAUGUUUGACUUGCUUUUGGUAUUUAUUUUUGCUGUAGGCUUAGAGUUGUGAACGAGAUGUUUGAUCUUUGGUUCAGUUCAGGAGCUAGCUUUUUUUUUCCUAAGUCAGUGCUGUGUGGGAAGUGGGAUUGAAAUAAACCUUGGAAAAGGGGUGAAGAGCAGAAUCUUGGAAUUAGAAUGAGACUCAACUGCUUUCAACUGUUAAAAGUGACAGUUGUCAUUAAAUGUAAGUAUUUGAGUGCAAUGUAAAAUACAUAGGCUAAGAGAGCUGUGAAUAAGGAGGAAAGGAUUUUUUUUUCUUGAUUCCGGACAUGAGAGCUUAUAUAAAUCUACCCUCUAUUAUACAUUUCUGUUUACAGUUGGAUGUCUUUGCAGUGCGAUAUAGUAGUGAAUCAGAAAAGUCAAUACAGAAAUAAGCAGGAGUUUUUGUUCUUGCUGUUCCCAGAAAACCCAACUUCUUAAAGUCUGAGAAAGCCUGUUCCUAUUCAGUGCAUCAACCGUAUCAGACAAGCUGUUGCACUUAUUUACCAGAUUCUCCUUGUCCAGUCUGUAUUAAGUGCACGAAAGAACAAUGGCUUCUUGUUUAUUGGCUGUCCUGGAGCUGUUCUCCAUUUCGAGAACGUGUUUUUGACAAGUAGCAUAAUAAAACGAUGUCCUGAAUGUAAAUGUAACACCUCUCUCUUGUAUCCAGGUGAUAUCAGAAAGUGAAUUAGAAGACACAACUUUGAAGAAAUAUCAGGAAUAAAUACAACAUAUUGCUGAAAAACCCUAUCUUGGUAUCCUCACUUGCUUUAGAUCGUGGGGGUCCAACUUGUUGGCUUGCCCGGGCCACACUGAGUGAAGAGUGAUUUGCAUGGGCUACAUGUGAGAUGGAUAAUUAAUGUACUCAUCAUAACAAAACUUGUAUCUUUUUAUUCCACUGUCAGUGUGUGGCGGGCAUGAGAGGCAGAGUUAGCUCUGCACUGUGCCCUUCCCUCCAGUGGUCAGUUGUUGCCUACACGAUCCAUACUCAAUCUAUACACCAUCAACUCAUGAAAAAUAUCACCCCAAAAUCACAUAAUAACGUUAAAGUUGAUGGUGUUUGGGGAGCUCAUUACUGGCUGUCCCAGGGUUGUGUGUGGCCUGUGGGCUUUGGAUUGGGCAUGUUUGAUUUAGAUGGCAUUUAUCAUCAGUAACUGGUGCUAUGAUGGUGAUAGAACAGGCUGAAUGGUGACGUUGUUUUUUCUCUUCUUGUCUGUAAAUCAUUAAUUACUGCAUAAUUCUAAUUGAGGCAAGUAGAAAUGAAUAAACGAACCUGACAGUCAAGCACGAGCAAUACUAAGUAUUCUAAUAGUAUCCAGUUUGUGCUGUUGAAUGUGAAGUUAAAGAUUGAGAAAUACACAGAAAUAGAUUUCUUUAGGAUGAUAGGGUUCUGUAUUAAUAGUAAAAUGAAAUUUUGUAUUUUACAUUUCCUAGUCAAAUCAUCUACUAAAACAAUGCUGCUAUCCCUUUACCUGACCUUCUAACAUAAGUUUUCUUUCAAGACUAACUUAUAUUUUUUUGUAUUCCAACCUAACUCUCAUCGCAAGGAUAUGUUUCUAUUAUGUCCAGAAUUUCUCAGACUAAAAGUGUAGCACCUAUAAUAUGUGGAUAAGCAUCCAAACCAACUGUGAGGCUGUUUAUUAUAAUAUUAAUAUUAAAGUAAUAUUAAUAUUAGGAAAGAAAACUAGGAGGCAAAAAAGCAGAUCCUGUAAAUUCAAAGCUAUGAUUUAUCAGACAUCAAACAUAUUAGGAGAUUAAAGUAUUGGUUUCUGGAGCUUCAUGAGGAUUGUAUUAAUUAUAAUGUUUCUGUUGCUCGUCUUGAAACAUAAGAAGUAUACAGUGUAGCGUAUUUUAAUGCUAUCAUAUUGCAAGGGAGUGCUUGCAUGGUAAUUCUUUGACUAUAAUGGUUGAAGAAAUACUCAGUGAGUUAUACAGACUGCACAGCUCUGCAAGUGAGAGGCUCGUCAGUAACACUUAAAAUCAGACAUCAUCUAGGACAUAAAAUAUAAUGUCAGUAAGUAGUUUGUGUGUUUACGUUAGCGUAGGCAAACACAUGACGUGAUUCUAAUAAAAAAAAGGUGUAAACCUCAAAUUUUAUGAAUGAACAAACUGUAAAGCUGAGGGCUAUACAGGAGAGCUCGCUCGUAAUGGAAGAUUUUUAUGAUCAGUUUGCUAAAGUUCUUAGUAAUCUAAUUUCACAGAGGCUUCAACCCACUUCUUAGUUCUUUCUGUACCCACAUCUCACGUGGUAUUAUGGAUUUAGAAAAGGGAAAAAUGGUGUUUUGACUUAGAGCACAGGGCAUAGUACUUCUUCAUUUAAGUCAAUAAAAAAUGAGGUUUUAUAGUGUGGACUGUAACUUCAGCUAAUAAUCUGUUAAGAAAAACGGGGGACAGGAAAUACGCGGCCAGAGAAGGUGUGCUAGCAGAGGGUUGACAAAGCCCAAGUUCUUCCUGAGAAACUCAGAGAACAUUGCACGUUUAUUUGAAGGAAUAUGUGAUAAACAUUCAAGUUAAGUUUUAAUCAGUUAUAAUUUGCCAACUCAGUAAUCAAAAAACUGAUUUCUAAUUCCCAGCAGUAUUAAAAAUCUGCAUGUCAAACUGUAAGGGGGACAUUUAAAAAGCCUCUGAAAAGUUAAUCAGAAGGAUUUUACAUAAAACCUCGUAAGGUGCUGUAUUCUGCCUUGAUUACAAGAACAAAUGAAAAUAUUACAACUACAACCUAAUGUUUCAUUAACAUCUGAAGAGGUGUUUGUUUUGUUUUGAUUUUUACUAUUUCUGUGCAGUAGAAAUUGUACUGAUUAAGUUAACUGUGUGGUUUUGAUGUGUAAAAAUAAGAGAGAAGAGCUAGGCGUUCUUUGGUCUAUGCAAUAAUUCACUUACUAAAUAUAGCAUUCAGGAUUUUAGCUGAUUCUCUCUGGUUUUAGUGGACAGAGUCUCUCUUGCUGAACGUCUCUUCCUCUGCCUUCUUUCAUCCAUUCCUGUGGGGAAAUGGAACCAAUCUAAACAGCUUUACUCUGUUUUUCUUGAUCAGCUUUUAAGAGAAUGAUCUCAUAGUGGAUCAUUCCCUCCUGUGCCCUGCACAUUUGAAGUGACCUUACACAAUCAGAAUAAAAAAACUCCCUUUUUGUCUCCUGGAAUGCUGACAGACUGCUUUUUUCAUACUGAAUAUUUGCUCUGUGGUGGUUUUGGAUCAUCAGCAAAAACAUAGUUUGCAUUUCCUUUGAGUUGGUUGGUGCUUGCUUGAAUCCCUUGUAAUGACAAGCUAUCAGCUGUGUGGCCUUUCUGCAGUGACCCAGAAGGAGAAGUAAUUUUACCUUAUUUCCACAACAGUGAGCUGUUAAUAUCACCAGCAUCUCUAGCAUUACUUGGUUAGCUGAAUGGAUUCUGUCUAGCCUUGCCCCUGCAGUGGAGAAAGCAGAACACAGAAGGUAUGCUCUAAGAUAGUAGUGGAAAAACUCCUUGGUAUAUGUAUUUUGACAGCUGUCUGUAUUUAGGUGGGUAUCAAUAAAGAGAAGAGUAGACUUGUGUCUUGCUUGUGACAGGUGUGAUUGAGAUGAUUGUCAUCUCUGAAGACAGCAAAAAAAGCAGGAUUUCCAGUUUACUGAGGUGAAAUAGUCUUUAAACUUCUUGGUUUGUUUUCAUGCCAAAGCACAGUGUUUGAGGUGCAGUCUCACUAGUACUGUGUACAAGAGCACUGUCACUUCAUAGUCCUGUUGGCCAUACUGUUUCCGAUGCAGUCCAGGAUGCCAUUGACCUUCUUGGCCACCUGGGCACACUGCUGGCUCACAUUCAGCCGGCUGUCAGCUAACACCCUCAGGCACUUUUCUGCUGGGCACCCAUACUGCUGCACGGGGUUGUUAUGAGCCACGCGUAGCACCCAGCACCGAGCCUUGCUGGAUGCCAUGAGGCCAGACUGAACUUGGUUCACUGUGACUCUGAGCCCAGCCGUCAGCCAGUUCUUCACCCACAGAACUGUACGCCUGUCCAAGCCACGAGCAGCCAAUUUCUCAAGGAGAAUAUUGUGGGAAGCAAUACGAAACGUGUUACUAAAAUUGAAGUAUCCAUAGUCUAAACCUCAGCUAAGUGGGUCUGCUUGUCAUAGAGGUAGAUCAGGCUAGUCAGGUAGGACCUGCCCUUCAUAAAUCCGUGCUGACUUCACAUCAUUCAUUUGUCUCAUAUAUGCUGAGUGAUGACACUCCAGAUGACCUUCUCCAUUACCUUCUCUGGUACCGAGUUCAGACCAACAGGCCCGUAAUUCCUGGAGUUUUGUCUACACCCAUUUGUCUAACCUUGAAACGUUCUUGCUGAUUGUGUCUGAAAUAUCCGUACUACCCUAAGAGCAUCUGGUGUGUGCAGAUUUGAGUUGUUCAGGUGUGCUGGCAGUGUGCCGCCUGCUUUGUGUGGAGACCAUUUGAAGGAGACGUGGUUAUGUCCAUAUGCACGUCCAUUCCAUUUUAAGUUUUGUCCUGAAGUUACUGAGGUAAUUUAACAUUGCCUUAAAUAAAAGAAGUAUUCUGGUCUAUUAUGUUUUCUUUUGCAUUUUAAUUAAUUCUGGCGAAGAGACAUGUUGUACUUAUAAAGAAACAUAGCUUCUUUCCUGCUGGUCUAGGAAUGCGUGGUUUAAUUAGAGUUGUCUGCACUUGAAAAAGUACUUGAUGGUGGAGGAAGGAUCCUUGGAAAAAUGAUAGGAUUGAGGUGUCACACUAGAAAAAUUCCCACAAGGAAGUGAGUCAUUAAUGUAGGGCAGUGCUUUGCAGCGUCAUUGUCAUGGAUGAGGGGACUGCCUGCACCUGCACAGAGCUGUGAGUUGGUAAGAAUGUUUGAGUUUCAGGUUGUGAGUGGACUCUGAAUCUGUUGUGAGUAAUGCAGAGGGAGUGUGCAAAAGUGUGCAUUUGCAUGCUUUCAGUAGGUAAGAGUGGUCCAAAUAUCGCCUUAGUGAUGGGCUAAAAAUAACCCUGCCAGUAACAAGUUCAUUUGUUAAACUAGCACUGCUGAUUGCUUCAGUUUUUCUAUACAACGAACAGUCGUUUGAGGUUUGCCCAUGUUGGUUCUUGGUCAUGGUGGAUACCAUUUUCACAGCUAGUUUCUGCAGACCUCCACAAUUGUGUGCCAGUUACCGUGGAGCUUUUACCUUUUACUGUUCUUGUUGUCACGCUGACAGUAAGUUACAGUUCUUCAAAUGUUUUCUGUUCUUCCUACUCACUUCUCUCCUAGUCGCAUAUCAGUGCGGGAGGUUGGUGAAGAUGGUCAGAAGUGAAAAUGAAUUUCUAAGCAAUGAGGCUGAGAGGUUUUUUAAGAAGAAGUCUCUUUACAUCUACUGAGUAGAACUGGAGUCAGUGUAAAUAUACUCUUCAUCAAAUAUGUAAUGAAUAUUGCCGUGUGCGUGAAUGCUAACGCAUAACAGCUAUGUAAAUCUAGAUAUCUAGUUAGGGAUGAGAAGAGAAUGCAAAAGUCUGUAUAGAUAAAUAUCUAAAAAUGUAGAAACCCAUUCAGUGGUGAUCGGAAUUUCAUGCUUACUCUACAAGAUUUCCAAAAGGACUUUUCUUCAAUUAGUGGUUUUGCCCGCAACCUUAAGGUCUUGAUUUGGGUUGUUGAUACAGUGUCAUCAAGUGCUCUGAAGACACACAAGAAUAUUUUAAAAUAUACUGUUAAGUGUUUAGUUUAUGUAUUGAUUACGUGUAUGUUUUAAGCUAAAGAAACAUCAGGUAACCUGGAAAAAAAUAUGGCUUUAGAAGAAGUUGAUUGGUUGUAUGUUUGUUUCUCAUCACACUGACUUGUAUAUUGACUUUUGCAACCUUUUUCAUUGCAGUCAAGAUAAAACUUGAGGGAGACUGAAAGCAAAGAAUUCACCACUCUACGAGUAUCUGCAGGAUUUGGGACACACUGAUUUUGAAGUAUGUUCAUCUGUGUCACAGAAGGCAAAGCAAUGUGCAGUAGAGGAAGGCCAGAGAGAGAGAACUGUGCAUACUGCCCAGAAACAAAGCAUCCUGUCAAAACUAGUUGAGUUCUUCAGAAGUUGGUUUCCCUUUCCACAGUAUAAGAAAAACGAUGACAUACUUCACCGAUUGGAUGUUGGAUUUCGAUUUGACACACUCCGUACCAUCCUGCAACAGGAAGUUCUGCUGCAAGAGGAUGUGGAACUGAUUGAGUUCCUUGACCCGAGUAUCCUGUCUGCAGGGCAGUGUAAGCAACAGGAAAAUGGACAGCUUCCAACACUACGCUCCCUAGCAACUCCUAAUAUUUGGGAUAUCUCACUGUUGCUUGCCUUUGUAAGUGCCCUGCUUAUGCUUCCUUCAUGGUGCAAGGAGUCAUCGUGGCUACCGUGGGGACUAGUUCUGCUUGGGUAUGCAGUUUUUCGAGUGUGGGCCACAUGGAGGACAGCCAAGCUACAAAUGUCCCUGCAAAAAUACUGUACCCAGCUGGAAGAAACGGUAGCAAAUAGUCGAGCUUUUACUAAUCUUGUGAGGAAAGCUCUACGGCUCAUUCAAGAGACUGAAGUAAUUUCCAGAGGAUUUACCCUUUUGCUUGACAGGGUCAGUGCCGCUUGCCCACUUAAUAAAGCUGGACAGCAUCCUAGUCAGCAUCUUAUUGGUCUCCGGAAAGCCGUCUAUCGAUCUGUCAGAGCCAACUUCCGAGCUUCAAGACUGGCUACUCUGUACAUGCUGAAAAACUACCCUCUGAACUCUGAGAGUGACAACGUGACCAGCUACAUCUGUGUAGUCCCUUUUAAGGACCUGGGUCUGGGACUGAGUGAAGAGCAGGUAUCUGAAGAGGAGGCACACAAUCUCACGGAUGGCUUCAGCUUGCCUGCACUCAAGGUUCUCUUUCAGCUCUGGGUAGGACAGAGUUCAGAGUUCUUCAGGAGACUGGUACUGCUCCUUUCCCCAGCCAAUGCUUCCCCCAAGCCCUUGAUCUCCCCUGAACGGUUGCCUCAUCAUAUCUUGUCUGAUGUGACUCAAGGCCUACCUCAUACACAUGCUGCCUGCUUAGAGGAGCUCAAGAGAAGCUAUGAGUUUUAUCGGUACUUUGAAACUCAGCAUCAGUCAGGUUUUGAACGACCAACCAGAACAAAACAGAAGUCAAGAGAGUUGAACAGCCUUCAAACAGCAGUACGCAGUUUGCAGCUUCAUCUGAAGGCACUGCUGAAUGAGGUAAUAAUUCUUGAGGAUGAACUUGAAAAACUUGUUAGCACUAAGGAGACACCUGAAUUAACAACAGAAGCCCACCAGGUUCUGGAACAAAAACUAAAGUUUAUUCAGCCUCAUAUGCAGGCAAGCAACAGCUGCUGGGAGGAAGCCAUUUCUCAGGUGGAGAAAAUGGGUGGAAGAAACCCAAAUAAAAAAGGCAACCUUGAAGCUUCCUGUGAUAACCUACAGCGUACUUCAGUACCUUUAAUACAGCCUACUGUAUACAUAGAAGACAGAGAUCCCAUCCCUGAAGAACAGGAAUUGGAAGCGUAUGUUGAUUAUUCCGAUAUGGACAAUGAGUAUAAUAGGGAAGCUUUUGACUGCUUUUCCCAGGAAGAGAGAGAGAGACAAAAACGAGAGAGAGAGGAGUCUAAAAGGGUGUUACAAGAAUUGAAAUCUGUACUGGGAUUUAAAGCUUCAGAAGUAGAAAGACAGAAGUGGAAGCAACUCCUAUUCAGUGACCACGCUGCAGUGAAACCCUUGUCUCCUGUAGAGUCCCUGAAGCUCCUAAAUAAUUUGGAAUCACACAUGAAUUCAAAUACAGAAAAGCAGGACUGCAGCCAAAGUUAUGAUAAAUCUGAAGAAAGCGACUAUAAUUCAGAAGUGAACACUGCUGGUAAAAGCAGGACAGAAUAUUUGUAUGAAGAUCCUGAGAUGGAGAGAAAUAAAGACAGUCCUCCUGAAGAAGGUAUUUCUACAGAGGCUGAAGAAAUAAUGUGCUAUCGGUAUGAAGGGGAAGUUGAAGAUCUCAAGCCCAGUGAUACAGAUAGAGUAGAAGUUUCGCAGCCUCCCUCUGUGGAUGCAUUGCAUUCAAAAAUAAAGCAUAGGCUGGCUCAGCUUCACAUAUCAACAGAUUUUAACUUCACAUCCGGUCUGGCUGCACAAGCUGCUGCCAGGUCUUUCUCUUUUACUACAAUGCAGGAACAGACUUUUGGAGAUGAGGAUGAGGAUGAAGAGGAGGAGAAGGAGGAAGGGAAGGGGCAAGAACAUGAAGACCUAAUGGAAGGUUUUGAGAAUGAAGGUAGUGGCUCUGAGAGUGAAGGAAAAGUACAAGCCUGAUCUGAACUUUUAAAAACCAACAACAGACAAUUUGGUAGGAAAAAAAUACCAAACAAACUAAUGUGGGGGUUUGAAGUUAAAAAUGCUGAAUGGAAAAAAAAUAAUUGGGAGACCUAAAUGUAAUACGUCUUGUUCCUUAAGUCUGAGACACUAAAUGGGACUUCUGAGUAUGUGGAUAAUUUGCAGGUAAGACAACUUUAAGCUGCAACCACUAAGCAGUUGGCUGUUGCCUUUUUAAGAUCUUAGUGAUGAGUUUUGGAGUUUUCCUUCGUGUUUUCUGGUUUAUUUAUUUAUAUCAUGAAGUGCUGUUGUUGUUUUUCUAAAAAGAAUGAAAAACUAUGUAUUGAAUUACAACAGACUGUCUUCUGCUUUCUGAUUUUGUUGUCUUAGAAUCAAGAGUUAGUUCCAAUAAAAAAAAACAGGGCAUUUGUUUUGGAAGAACCUGAACUGUUCCCUGUGAUUUUCCUCCACCACUUCUCGUGUCCACAGUGAGUUGGCUCAGCCACCGUAGACAUUGGUGAAUCUAUGGCUAGUAAUGCUCCUGGCUAACAUGGAGAGUCUUAAGUAAAAACUUGAAAGGUCCUGUAUUUUAUGUGUCCUGGGGCAUGGGGCUGAAAUGCAUGAAGUUGGCCGUACUUCAUGUUAAGGUUUAUAUAGAAUUUUAUGAAAGGUUAAUAAAUGAUUCAUAAAUGUUGUAAUUCAUGUUAGAGAAAUGUGUAGUAUGCGUUAGGGAGGGUUUUGAGCUUAUCAAUAUAAAGUACUAUAGACAAGUAGAAGCUAUUUGUUGGGUUGAUAAUAGGUGAGAAUUAAAUAGCUAUUUAAUAAAACAGCUAUUAAUCCUUUGUUAACCUUUUAUAAAUUGAGCCUUAAUAUAAUGUUUGACUUGUAUAUUAUUGUUUGUCCAGAAGUAAUCUUCUUAGAGCAAAAUUGUCUGACAACUUACACAGUAUUUUGCUUAAAUGAUGUGUUUGCUUUUCCCUAAUGUUCUUUCAUUUUUCUCUUAGAUCACAACCAUAAUCUGUGUGAUUAAGAUCCAUGAGAGAACAAGAAUUAUCUAUUUUCUAAGGUCUAUCUUGUAACUUAGCUGACAUCUAAGCAUCACUGUCCAUUUAGAUGUUGUGCUAAGGGAUGUGGUUUAGUGGGGAAGUAUUGGUGGUAGGUGGAUGGUUGGACUUGGAUGAUCUUGGAGGUCUCUUCCAACCUUGAUGAUUCUAUUUGAGGUUAUGUAUGUUGUUUUUUUCUCUACAGUGGUGUUAGGAAAAGCAGCAAACCGAUAUGGCAAUGGUCACUUCACUGAGGAGCUGCUUAAUGGUUUUUCUGCCUUCUCUUUCUUUUGCUCUCAGACGCAAAAUGAAGCGAAGGACUCAUGUGUCUGAUGGUGAGAGAACAGCCUCUUAGUAUGGACGUGGAUAAACCUGCAGUCACAGAAUGCCUCAGCAGUUACUUCGUAAUUGUCUCUUAAGGCUUGCUGAUUUUUUAGAUUAGAGGGUGUGGAGAUGCAAGUGGUUCAGAGCAGUAUCUUUCCUAGGGUGCUGUUUUGAGAAGUGGCGAAGCAAACGAAGGUCAGCAGGUCAGGAUGGGACUCUUGAUCAUAUGUCAGGAAAUGAUUCAACCUCACUCUCCAUCUGUUAGUAAUUUUGUGUGAAUGCUGCAAGUAUGUACGUAUUUUUUUCCACAGUUCCUAUGGAGUUGAAUAUCAAUUUAUAGAGAAGGUUGUAUGUGAUUUAAGCUAUUCUUUCACAAUAUAAUAUCUGUCUUCUCCCUCACAGACAAAUUUGGGUAAAAGUAUGUUUUGAUGUACUUCACUAACCAAUAACACAGGAUUUUGUACCCCUAAUUAUGUGCAACUGGAAGCUGAGUGGAUGCGUGACUGGAAGUGGGAGUGGGAUUAGGGAAGAUGCUUCUCAAAGUACAUCCAGAAGCUAAGCCUCCUCUAAGUGGUAGGAUGUAUUCUUCUCUAGGCCCAUAAAAGUUAGAAUAAGAUGAUGAAAGACUAUUUUAUUUUCUCUGUGGUAAGCAAUCGAGUCUAGAACAACUGCUUUGGAUAAGUGGUGUUUGAAGCAAUGCCCAUGCUUCUGAAAAAUAAGUCUUCCUCAUUCUUGACUUGAGAUCCUUGAUCCUUCACUAAGUGCCCAGAUGUUUUUUGUUCCUAGCUAAUUGUUCUGACUGCCUAACUGUAUGUUCCAUUAAUGCUUUUCCACAAGGUCACCUACCCAUAUCUUAUUAUCAGGUACUGCGUGUCCCAAAACUGAUACUUUUUUCACCUAAACUUAGUUCACGGUGUAGAUGGCUGUGAUACCAACUUGGAAAAAUAAUCAAAUUUAGAAUAUGAAUUAUAACUCUUUUCACAGUUUUGGAUGAAAUCAAUAGUCACAUGAGUUCUUUGCAAUGCUACUAAAAUAGAUUUCAGAUUGUACAUCUGUAAGAGUUGCUAGUUCUUCAUUCCUUUGCUGCAGUCCUUAGUUAAAAAAAAAGAAAACAGGCCUUGCCAGCUCAUUUGGGACCCAGCUUUAUAAUGUGCUGGCCUUGGUGAUGAAACUAGCCUAAGAAACCCCAUCUACCAUUAGUUGUUCACUUUCACCCAUCAGAUGGCUUCAACACAAGUUUUUGUGCCUGUGUUAUUAAUCAGCAUACGUAGUCAACUUGGUCCAAAAAAACCCAUCCUUUUUAGAGUUUACUUUUACAUUGCUUAUUCCAAUGAUGCAAUUUACAGCAUUGACCUUCAAACAGCUGUAUCGGCAUAUACUGUGUUACUUGCGUGAGGCUCAGGACUGUUCACAUUUAUGUUAUUGGCAGAGACUAUGUACUGUGACAUUACACUUUGACGUUAGAGAUGAGUAUGCUGAAGGUAUGACCUUUUGGAGCAAACUCUGAUUCUGCUUUAACGGAUAUAUUUUCUGCAAGAAAAUUAAUUGAUUUGUAUGGUCUUAGUGCAGUCUUAGAAGUUGUGUAAAUGAACGUCUGUGCUCACUUGCUUUCUCUCCCCCUAAUCACAUUAUAUGUAACUGCCAUCGGGUCAUUUAUUUUAAUUUAUUGAACAUACUCCCUGCAUAAAAAUUUGGCUAACAGUCUACAGCUCACAAAGCAUGGCUUCCUUUUGUUUCAUAACUAGGUUCUGUCUGCAUAUAGUCUGUUAUGAUCCAGAGUUUCUCAUGAUAAUGUCAUCUAAUAGGGCUGUGUGUACAUGCUGUAGAUUCCUUUAAGAACCUGUUAGAUUUUUUUUUUUGUAAUCUUCAUUUAUUGCUGCAUUUAAAAUAAUGUGUAAACACCCUUUAUUGGAGCUAAAGAGUAGUGUUAAUAUAUUGAGCAUGUCAAGGUCUAAGUGCUGUUCUGUGUUCUUUGGCUCAUGAGUGUAGGUAGGGAUUUUUGUGAAAACAGAACAUUUAUUUCUUCGUGCUUUGUAACUUUUUGAAAUAUGUUAAUCAGGAAAUCCACACUAAAUACUGAAGCAAGCCAAAGGAUAUCGCAGCCAAAAUUCUUUGUGAAGAACAGAGCUAAUGAUAACUGUUUAUUCCAUUCCCAGUUAGGAGCUCUGUGGAGUUGUAAAGAAGCAUGCAAUGACAUAGAAUUAAAUAAUUUCUUUUCUUCCUGUCUGCCUGGAAGGCAUUCCAAAGAUGGUAUUUGCUUCUUAGGUUGGAUUUCGGUCUACCACUACAUCUUUUAUGUAGCAUAACUUUACGCCUAAUGGUACAGGUAGGUAAAGACUUAAAUAGGGACAAAGACCUCUAAUAAAGACAUUAGUGGGUUUUGUUUUUUUUUUAGUGUAUAUCUUUGUGACAUAAAUGUAACACUGAUGUAAUGGAAGCAUAUAUUGAGAAUUACAGACAAUACAGAUUCUUUCAGAUGGAGUGGAAUGUGCCUGUGUCAAUUGUACGCAAGACUGGCAAACGUGAGAGGGCUUCUGAUUGCACUUACAAGACAGUUUUACUCCUGACAGAGGGUUCCUAGAUAUCACUGAGCCUUGCAUUUUGUUAUAAAACCUCAAGAUGAUAUUUGGAAGGGUGACCGUUUUUAACGACAUUUCAGACUUUGCCCUGAAUGCAUUUAUGUUUACAGCACUGGAAAUUUUACGUGCAUAUGAAGAGCAGAAUUUGCAGUCGUCUUACUAAUCUCUCUGCUAGUUUAAAUAAUAAGUAUAAAUGGUGGACUGUGUAGAGUUGGUGGCCUACAGUGAACUUUGUAAUCUUAUUGUCUGCCUUCUUUUUCAAACACGAACAAGGGCUCAAGUAUACUAAGCUGGCCUUCUUUUAAAGUGUUUAGUGAAGGGGUGCUCUGCAAGUGGCUUGUUCCCAUGGUUAACUACUCUUUAGAAUUAAGAAUUAUUUUCAUAAAACAAAAGGGUUUUUUGUAGUGUCUUAUCUGAAAAAAAAAAAAAAGGGGGGGGGGCAGAGUAUGAGAAAGGCACUUGGUCAGUGCAGAGGGUUGGACUACUCUCCUAUCUCAUCUGUGGCAGGGACUAAUAGCAGAUGCUGAGAGAAGGGUAGGAAAAAGGGAGCUUAUGUAGUGAUGAGCUGUUUCCCAACUAUUUGUGUCUCAAGGAGUUCUUGAGCCAGCGGGGGUAGCUGUCAGCUUAACAGCUCACGAUGGAAUUUUCUUCCAAACAACUGAACAGAUUUGUUCAGGCUCACAUUUGCUUGAUUAUUACUAGUUCCAGUGCCAUGAUGUGUUCAUCUUUUUAUGGUUUUCUAUAAGCUAGAAGGUUUGUCAACAUUAUGUUUGUUUGUUUGUUUUUCAAUUGAGCGAGCCCACUUCUGUUGGCUCAUCCACAGAGGUCAGGUUUUCCACCUUUUGAUUGCUUUCCUUAGAAAUCUGUCCUGUACUUUGAUGUAUAAUGGCCAAAGUAUGCUACAGUACUCCAGAUGUAACCUCAGCGGUGCUGAUUAUGGAGUAAAAAUCACCUCCCAUAAAACACAGAACCAUUAAGGUAUUUCUUAGUCCAUCUAGGAACAAAAUCUUUUCAGAUCUUUUACCCCUAGAUACUAUGAUGACAAAUGAAAAUAUUUGGUCUGAUGGAGGAGAAAUAUUUAUUCACUCUCAGCAGGAUUUGGUUGGACAGUGUUUUUCUUUGCUAACAAAACAAGGAGUUGUUAAAUCAAAAUGAUCUUCCAACAGCUGCCACCUGGUCUAACACAAACUAAAGAUGCCAAACAACACUUGUUUAAAUCUCAGCUUGAUUUUUCAGAGCUGUUCUGGUCUCUGAUGAGUAGGCACAUAUCACAAAGCACAUUAUCACACAAAAAUGUGACGGAGAGUAUGUAGAUAUCAGAGAUCAAACUGAAGGCUUCUGACUCAUUUGGAAACUACUUGAAGGUAUGCUUUACUCAUAUUCUCAUUAUAUUUCAUUCUUUAAUCUGGAUGCUUUUAUUCUACCACCUUGAAUUCUAAAUGCCAAAAAAUAUGUAAUUUGAUUUAUUUAACUUGGGAAUUUUGUGCAGUAACCAAUAAGUGGUAAUGGUACCGGAACUGUGAUGGUAAGGCAUGACCAUCAGUAGGGUAAAAUCCACCUUCCAUGAUUUUUUUCUUUGUGUACAGAUAAAACAAUACAGUUUGAGCUACAGCUACUCAGAAUUUAACUGUUUUAGAUAGUCUGCCUCACCUGUCACACUGCCAACUCUUAAGCCAUUAGCAGGUUUGUAGGAAUUAAAUUUGAUCCAACAGCUUACACACUCUGUUAGCCCAUUUCACACUUUAUGAAAUUACUACAGGAUUUUGAAGCAGUGACUAUAAUUUAGUAGAAGAAAAAGGCUUCUUCCUCUGUUACAAAGUGGCUUAUUUUAAAAGGGUUGAAUUGGACCAAAACACGAAUGCUUUUAUGCAAUCAGCAUAUUUUGACCUUUAUACCUGCUCAGAUUUAAAUUUUAAAGGCUUCACAGACAAUCUGCUUUAGGGGAUGCUGUUCUAUAGCGGUUAAAAUCAAUCUAGGUCCAGGCUGCCACGGUCUUGCCAUGGUUGUGAUCUCAGUGCCUCCUUUAGUCUGGCUUUUGCAACCACUCAGAUAUGUGGGAGCCCAGCCUGGCUGAAAACGAACUGCAGCUUUAGCUUUUAGUAUAGCUGGGUCCCUCAGCUAAUUCACUGCGUGGUUGAAAGAGCACCGGUAGCAUCUCAGGGGAGUUGGAAGGAAUACAUGCCUUGGCAAUGAGGAGGAAUGCCAUAGCUCAAAUUUAAAUCAGUGUUUAUAUGCCACACAUUACAUCGUUACUGUCUGUACUGAGGUGGGAAAAACUCAACUCCUUGUGUUGCUUCAUCUCCAUAUUUUCUGUUGAUUGAGGAUGAUGCCACUCAUUAAUUUCCUUAUUUGUUUUGACCAGUCCUUUAUUUUGUUCUUCAGGCCCAGGCUACCCAACACGUACCCCAUAGAACCUCUUAAGAACUGCUCAUUAUUUCUGCUGGUAAAAUUAAAAUAGUCAUCUGAGUCUUUUUUGCUUACUAUUUUCACUUUUGUGAUCCCUGUGACACCCACAGUCCUUCCCUAUAUCACCAUUCCUAAAAGUUUCAGAUUUUAAAAUAUACAAAAUCUUUUGUGUAUUUGUAACACAGCUUGAUUCUUCUAUUUCUUCAGCAUUGGAAUGUCCAGAGGAGGACCACUAAGAUGAUCAGAGGGCUGGAGCACCUCUCCUGUGAAGAAAGGUGGAGGGAACUGGGCUUCUUUAGCUUGGAGAAGAGAAGGCUCUGGGGAGACCUCAUUGUGGCCUUCCAAUACUUCAAGGGAGUAUAUAAACAGGAGGGGGAAUGGCUGUUUAUGAGGGUGGACAGUGAUAGGACAAGGGGGAAUGGUUUUAAACUGAGACAGGGGAGGUUUAGCUUAGAUAUUAGGAGGAAGUUUUUCCACACAGAGGGUGAUGACACACUGGAACAGGUUGCCCAAGGAGGCUGUGGAUGCCCCAUCCCUGGAGGCCUUCAAGGCCAGGCUGGAUGUGGCUCCGGGCAGCCUGGUCUGGUGGUUGGCGACCCUGCACAUAGCAGGGGGGUUGAAACUUGAUGAUCAUUGUGGUCCUUUUCAACUGAAGCCAUUCUAUAAUUCUAUGAUUAUGACUAGAUCUAGAAGUGCAUGCUGACUUUCCCAGCUGACUUGAGAACUGAAACAAAAGAUGGACACCCUAAUGGGGAGUACUACAGUCAAAACAGAAAUAAUGAUAUAUAGCAAAGUCAAUAUACACUGAAAGUCUUUUGUAUGUAAUUCUGCCUUGCUGAAAAACACCAGGUUGUGUUUUGGAAAUAAUUGUGAUCUUAAUACAAGGUCCCAAAAUAACUGUCAUUAGUCGACUUGACCUGUGCAGACAUCUUAAUAUUUAAAGACUGCUUCCUGACCUUCUCCAGAUGCACAGAUAAGAAAUGAAAAUAAUCUCAAAUUUCCGAAUAGAGAGUCACCAGUACUUUCCUUCAGUUUGUGCUACUAAAAAGGCAUCCAUUCCUAUAUAAAUAAAAAGAAGAAAGAAAAGUUAGUGCUUAAUAUAAUUCUUCAGUAGUCUUUAUUAACAGUCAUGCAUUUGAUCUCAAUAGAAGCACCAUAAAUUUAGGACUGUUUAUAACGUAUGAUGUGUGUUUCUAAAAAUAAUAAUAAUGAAAGACUUUAAAUGUAAUACGGGAUAAAAGCCAGAAAUCUAUUAAUUGUCCUCGAAAUCUUUCAUCCAAAGUCACAGGUGGUCAAAGUUAAACAAGUUCAUGCUGUCAUUUUCUGUGCUGCUUUGUAUGGCAUUGUUCCGAAGGCGUUUAGUAUUCCCAAGUGAAUGCUCACACCGUGCAUGUACCUGUGUGCUCGAAGUCUGCAGAGGUUGUGAAGAUCUGCAUACAUCAGCAAGAAGCUUCAAAAGCAUUUGAGGCUUAUUGUCUCUAUUUUGUUUUAUUUCAGCAUCCACGUUGUGUGCAAUUCCAAUCAAAUUUUCCUUUCUCAGCUUUCCUCUUCAUAGGCCACGCAAACCAAUGGUGUUUUGUUUUGUUUAUCAGUUUCCCACCUUAGUUACUAUUCUAUAAAGCACCAAGUUGUAUAUUCCCCAUGGAAGCAUAACCAUUAGUCACCACACUCCAAAGCGUAGGGCCAAGGAUUGAAGGGGCCAGAAGAGCUCUCCUGGCUUGACCACUUCUGGGAAGAGUUGUGCUGAGAUGAAAGGCUAGGGGCUGAGAUGAUCCUGCAGCUAUCUUUCAAGGUUCCAGCUUUUGCUAGGUGUUUUCUUUCCUCCAGUGGUCCCUCUUCCCCCUUAGCAGCAGCUCUCUUCCAGCAUUCUGCUACAAACUUUCGAGGAAAUUGGCCACUCUUCUGCUUUGUUUCUAAACACAUUGUCUAAAACUGAUGGCAUGGCAGAUUAGAAGGAGCCCACAUGGAGGCACUGCUAUGCAUUCCUUGUCAUAAACUCAAAAACAGAAGGAUUCCUAUGGCUGGUAACUUGUCUGUCAUGACUUUCCUUCCAGGGAGCUUUACCUGCAUUUCAACCUGGCCCUCCUAUUCCUUUCUGGACUUCAGAGCACUCACUCCUCGGUGAACAUAAAAUGGUAACGUCUCCCCAGACAAGCCUGAUCCUUUAACGUGUUCAUCAUGACAUGAACUCUACCUGUCCUUUCCAACAGGAAGGGAGCACCGAGCAGGCUGAAUAGGAGUUCCUCUAAAUAAACUUGCUUUUUUUGGCAACAGGAGACAGUGUCCUCUCAGCUGCUGUGCCAAUGUGCUUUGGCCCCACAGCUGCUUGUCCAGAAGCUCUGAAAUCUAAGCAGUUGUGCUUAAACCUUUCCCACUGCCAUAGAGCGUAUGUGUUCAGAGCACAAUUGCUACUGAAUCUCCUCUGAAUCAAACUGUUUUGAAUUUUUAUUGAGCAGCGUUAAUGGUUUGUUUCUAGAGAGGUUUAUAUACGUAUACGUACAUACACACACGCUUCAUGUAGUACAUGUAUAUUGCCAGGGAUCACACUGGAAGUCUCAUGUAGCAAAGAAGUCAUAUUUUUAUGUUAUCAAACUUUGAAGUUACUCAGAAGAAAAGUUUAAUUCCUGUUUAUCUAAUGGAAGAGAAUUUUCUACCAAGUAGGCAGCAUGGAGUUACUUAAAAUGCACCCUGCUUUCACACCAUUAGUUAGAAAAACUGUUUAGCCAAGGUUUCUCUUAUCAAGGCUUCAUACCUGAGCUGCUGUGAGUGCCUAUAUGCCCAUCUGCCCUGUGUUAAGCCUCUAAACAAAUACACGUUCCUCAGCAUUUCCUGCCUAAGCCUUAGCAAUUCCCAAAAUAAGGCUUCAGGGCACCCUAGAUUUCCAAGAAAGCCAAAGGAAAAGAAAGCAUCUCAAUAAGCUGCUUCUUAAUUGGUUAAUAAAUGAAAGCUAAACUAUAAGAGGAAAUGUUUAAAAGAACAAACUGCAACAAGAGACUUCUGGCAGGGCUACAGAGGGAAUUCACACGUGGUGUGCUCUGCAGUUCAGAUGCUGGGAAGGAUCUACAAUUCCUCUUCAGUGUGGAGACAGGAAAUACUCACCAGAUGGGUAAUCUUCAGCAGCUUUUAAAAACGCUAUAUUUUAGCUACGUUUCAUUGCCACAGAAAGGUGCCUGCUGUGCUGUUGUAUCAAGCUGUAUGUCAAUCUGUCUCCGUAUUUUUUUCUUUAAAGCUGAGUAUGAUGUCAGUCACUUUCCUUAGACAGCAUGGAAAACCUGUCUGGUUUGGCUCCACUGGGAGCCUCUUCUGCACCCAGUCUACCAGUUGUUGGCACUGCUUUGAGCACAGUGUUGUUGAGAUCGGCCUCAAGGAGGUUUAGAUAAGCAGUGCUUUAAAUCAGAUGUGAAGCGUAGGGGCUGUCCACCUUAGGGCUCUGAGAACUAAAGUCCUGGGUUGGAUGCCUGUAGAGCAGUAGAACAUGACCCGACCCACUUGUAUUCCUGGGCUUCUGCCUUCCCAUUGUGACAGGGUUGCUUGACUGUGAAAUUCUCCCCAGUUCUCAUCUUUCUCUUUUUCUUGCUUUCCCAUUUUCCAUCCUUCCUUUUUUCCCAAGGAUAUGAAACAGGACCUAAGGCCCUUCCCCAGUUUCAGAAAGCAUUUUCUCAAUUGUAAUGUUAAUCAUUUUGAAAAUAUUUUUUGUUUCUGUUAUUCCUUCUGGGUCUGUAAUAAAGGUCUGCUUCCCUAUUGCGUGUGUGACCCUUUCUCCUUAUCUCAUAUCCCUGACAGCUGUCUAGGUGGCAUGAGUACUGUUUACCUAUCCUUCAAUUAGUAAUGAUUGAAUGGAAGAGGGAAUGCUUUUACAGGGCUGCAUAAAUGCUGUGUCAGCGCUGUUGCUCAGUCUCUUAUGCAGAAGUUUAUAAUUUCACUUUCAUCCUGAAGAUGAAAUUCAUUUUAAGUGAUCUUGGCUGUAGUUAAUUUCUGCAGUGUGUUUUGCUGGCUCUUUAGUACAAGCACUUUAGUAAUGAGCACUGGUUACUCCUGUCUGUGUAAGUGCUGACUGAGGAAAGAAUGUUUUUCUGGGUGUCCUAUGCUUCUGGCUGCUCCUUCCCAUAGUCUUUCAGAAACCUAUAUGCUGUGCAAUCUUGCGGUAAUUAUUACCAAAAUCCCUUUUAGCAUUACAUAAGUGGCUCUGUACGUGGGACUUUAGGAAUAGAAUAAAAGAAGACCAGUAGCAGGUAGCAGGCAGGUCCUUAGCCUAGGAACUGGGCUUAGGUGCCCUGUAGGAGAUACUUUUUCUCAUUGUCUAUUUGUAUGACUCCUAAGAAACAGUCUUUUUCGGUAGGCUCCAGAAGUGCCAAAAUAGUGGCAAUAGGCUGGCUCCUCUUAGCCAAAACAUCAUGGCUCACUCAUAAUGCUUGAGAGUGGGACAGGUUGCCCAGAGAGGUGGUGGAGUCUCCUUCUAUGGAGAUGUUCAAGACCAGCCUGCACACCUACCUGUGUGACCUAUUGUAGGGAACCUGCUUUAGCAGGGGGGUUGGACUUAAGAAUCUUGAGAUCCCUUCCAACCACUUCAAUUCUGUGUGGUUUAUGAACAGAACAAAUGCUAUAUAGGUUCUGCUGGCGUUAGGAGCUAUGCUGCACAUCUAUUCCUGUAAGUCUUCCCUGUACUGGCUCUGAGGUUAACAGCUGUUGACCGCUCUUCCCACUGGUAUGACUCACCCUCACCCAAUUCAUGUCCCCGGGAAGGAAUUUGUAGAGAAGAUCGGGGAAGAAGGGAAGCGGUUUCAUCUUGAAAGGCAAGGGGAUGCUUAGUGAGGCAGGACUAUCUAUUCUUGCAUAUUUAAUGCUGAUGCUUAAUUGGUGCGUGAUUUUUUUGGUAGUACAAAAGGUCUCACUUAUUCUUUGCUGUUUCCUGCUUUGUCUGUUUUCACAUGCGAUACCGAACAGAUCCAAUUGCUGCUGUUAGAAGAAGCUGUCUACCAAGAGGAGCCCACAGUGUUUUUCUUUACUUGGAGAUUUUUUGAAUGCUAAAUUGCCUCUGUGUGUUCUUCAUAACUGUACCAUAUGCAAAUAUCCUUCAGGAACUGAUAUGACCACUUCAGAUAGUCAAUAUUUUCUAUGUAAGAACUGUACGUUUCCUAUACUGCCACGAAUGUAUAUAUAUCUAUGAAGACUUAAGAUUGUAUCUUUUUGAGUAUGCCUCUUUCUUCAACCAUCUGGAACUUUCUUCCUGUUCUCCAGUUCUCUGCUAAUUUAUUAGACACUUGUGUUAUAUUGUGUACUUUUUUGUAUCAGCUGUACCUCUGUUUCUCCUUUCGCUCAUUAAAACCUGUUCUUCUCA